UUCAGAGCUGAUUUCUGUCCUCAGAGAUAGCUUUUCCCCAAGAAGCUGAUGGGCAACAAAACAUCGUGGGAUGAGGAGAGAUCAUGGGCUGAGGGCCCUGGGCUGCUCAGGUGGGAAGCCUGGGAGCCUGAUGGCAGGGAGGCAGGAUUGCUUCAUCGCAGUCUGGGUUAUCUUUCAAGGUAAGGUAGCUUAAAGCUAGUGCUUCGGACAUUACAUCCUUGUCAAAAUGCACCCAAUCAUUUGCCUUCCUCUAAUGCUUCCCCCUAGAAGAGUUAAAGGUAAGUGCAUCAGAGUGUGUGUUGAGGGACAUCAGUAGAUAAUGUAUGAGGUUGGCUCUGUCUCAAUCCUAUGCUGUUUCCAAGUCAUGGUGUCUUACCUCUUCCCCUCCCAGUCAGCCUUGUUCAUUCUGCACAUCCUGGGGGAAGCUGCCUUGGGGUGAAGGAUCACACUCUGCAUGCCAGUGGUGCUCUAACUGAACAGUCAUUUCUAGAUCUGGGGAUCAGCAGGAAUGCGGAUCAUCCUCUCCCAGAAUUGUGGAGAAAAUAAAGCAUGCUGAGAUCCUUUGAUUAAACAAUACUCUGCUUCAGACUUGGAUCUUGCUGUAGCAGUGAUAUCUCAAAUCUAGGACCAUGCUGUGCGGUCAGGUGCCUGCCAGAGACAUGACUGCACUGCACGCUCGUGCCCAGAGGACAAGGUCUCCCAGUCUAGGCAUUAGUGAGAUUUCAGGCCUGACAAUCCGUUGGUGUUAGGGGAGAGGAGGAAGGGAGGUCCUAUGCUGUGCAUUACAGGAGACUGAGCAGCACCCCUGGGCUCUGCCCAAGAGACACCAGUAGCAUCUCACCUCCCAGUUACAACAACCAGAAAUGUCUCCAGUGAUUGCCAACUAUCUGCAGGGGGACAAAAUUACCCUGAUUGAGAACCUGUGCUGGAGCCAUAUCGUGUCCUCAGAGUGACUGUGUUCAGCCCUUGAUUCCGUGUCUGGGUGACCCGGUCCCUUUUCUUACACGUGAGAUAACCCCAAUGAUAUUUUGGGGCCUUCGUUCAGUGUCUCAAGACAUGGUUUAACAGUGAGCCUAGGCCACUGCACACCUUGUACUCCCCAUGACAGUACCUUUUUUCUUUGUGGUGUACAUCUUUCGUGAGUGUCUGAUCACUGGGUUUUGGCAUAAUUCAGGAGUAAUGUACUUGAGAUUUCACUGGAGUUAUUGAUAAAACUACAGAUCCCACCAGCCAAAAAUCCAUUAAGGUGAUUCAUUAAAGCUGAAAGGGCCCUGUGUUUAAUCUAUCUGCUUUUGUCUCCUGUUUUGUUGUUUUUCCUGUAGCAAGCAUUCAGCUUUGGUUGUGGCCAGGAGGGUGGCAGCCCUCCCUGUGGCUUGCAGGGACCCAGUGUCUGCAGUCAGGUGGAACAGAACUCGGCAGCUCUGUACAUUGGCCCUUCAGAUAAUACAGGGGAGAGGGCUGCCUGUGUGGGGAGUCUCUAUCGCUGUGUUGGCAAUAGAUGACUCUGAGGAAAGCCCCCGGUUUCUAUCAGGAUGUCCUUUGACCCUGGACAGAAUCCCAGCAUCUAGGCUGUGUAAAUGGAUUAAGGCUCCAAUGCCCCAUGGACCUGUUAGAGCCAGAAAACUGGCACAGCUGUUCACAAGAGCACUUAAGUGGCUCCCCCGAUUUGCUCUUGCAUUUGUUCCCUAACUAGUGAAUUAUCACUUUCUUACAUGUGUUGGUGAUGGAGCAGUGAACAAGACAAAGACCAGUUCUGUCUCUCUGACACUCAAGGGUAUUGUGGGAGGCUGACAGCAAACACACAUAAAAAUAUCAUGAAGUGUGGUGCCAAGUCCAUAGGGAAAAGGAGGACAGAAAAGAGGAGGGAUGCCGGCGCCGUGGCUCAAUAGGCUAAUCCUCUGCCUUGCGGCGCCGGCACACUGGGUUCUAGUCCCGGUCGGGGCGCCGGAUUCUGUCCCGGUUGUCCCUCUUCCAGGCCAGCUCUCUGCUAUGGCCCGGGAGUGCAGUGGAGGAUGGCCCAAGUGCUUGGGCCCUGCACCCGCAUGGGAGACCAGUAGAAGCACCUGGCUCCUGGCUUCAGAUCAGCGCGAUGCGCUGGCUGCAGUGCGCCAGCCGCGGUGGCCAUUGGAGGGUGAACCAACGGCAAAAGGAAGAACUUUCUCUCUGUCUCUCUCUCUCUCACUGUCCACUCUGCCUGCCAAAAAAAAAAAAAAGAAGAGCAGGGUGAGUGUUGGAGAAGGGUACAACUGGACAUCUCAGAGAUGAAAUAAAAAUUUAAAGAAAGCUGGACAUAAUUUCAACUGAAAAGAUUGAUGGAAUAAGUAGUCAUGUAGAUAUCAAGAACCAAAAGUUCAGGAAUUGGAGCGGUAAGUAAGUGCAAAAGUCCUGAGGUAAGAGCAUGGCCCAGAAACAGGAGGGAGGCUGCAGUUCAGAAAGCAAGAGGGGCACACGCCUUCCCCUUGGCCCUGUUCUGUUAGUGAGAUGCCAGGUGCAGCUCUGGCCACCUCUGGAGGGAGGGAAUUGAACAGUCCAGCAAACUGGGAAGCAGGGAUGGUUGGAGCCCACCUCAGAAGACUGUCUAGUGCAGUGAGCUAUUGGCAUUUUUUCCUUCCUGCUUGUUCAUUUUAUCCUUUGGAGGCAUCCUCUCGCUUUCACUGAUCAUCUCCUCAGCUGAUGGAAACUGCUCAUGUCUGCCAUUCUGUGCUGCCAGAGACAGUGCACUGAUUCCUAGUCUCCUGGGGAGAGAGAGACAGAGAGAGCCUUUCCAGUGGAUCACUUUCCAACAGCCAGGACCAGGCUGGGCUGAGGUCUUUUAUUUGCUCACAGUCAUGGGUGCAAGUUUCUCAGCUGAGCUUAGCAAAGAAUGCCAAGAUCUGGAAUCCAGCUUUAAAGACUAUAUUAGGAACUUCAGGGAGGAAAGAAAAAUCCUCUCUCAGGAAACCAUCCUUUCAAUCAAGUCACGCCUGAGCAGAGGAGACAUUCAAGGCGCACAUUCCAUAAUCAGUGGUAUAUUAGAAAAUAUUGACAAGAUCCCACUGAAUAUUGCUGUGACGGGGGAGUCGGGAUCCGGGAAGUCCAGUUUGGUGAACUCCCUGAGAGGGGUGGGACACGAAGAAGAAGAUGCGGCUCCCACUGGGGUAGAGGAGACAACCAUAAUGAGAACGCCAUACAAACACCCGAAAUUUCCCAACGUGACAAUAUGGGACUUGCCUGGCAUCGGAACCACUAAUUUCCAGCCGAAAGAUUAUCUGGAGAAAGUCAAGUUUGGUGAGUACGACUUCUUCAUUAUUGUUUCUGCAACACGCUUCAAGAAAAAUGACCUAGACCUGGCCAAAGUUAUAAAAGCUAUGAAGAAGAACUUCUACUUUGUGAGAACCAAGGUGGACCUGGAUUUACAAAAUGAACAGGAAUUUAAACCAACUACCUACGUAAGAGACAAGGUCUUAGAAGAGAUUCGAAACAAAUCUCUGAAGGAAUUUAAGGAUAAUAAUAUUGAAACACAAAUCUUCUUAAUUUCUAACAAAAAUUUGUCUGAGUUUGAUUUCCCAAUCCUGAUGGAAACCCUACUAAAGGAUCUCCCUGCUCAGAAGCGCCACGCAUUCACGCUUUCCCUGCCCAACAUUACUGAGGCAGCCAUUGAUAGAAAGAGGGACUCCCUAAAGCAGAUUGUCUGGCUAGAAGCCUUCAAGGCUGGAAUUUCGGCAAUUGUUCCUGCAGUGGGCAUCAUAAAGGACAAUGAUGUGAAGAAGCUGAAGGCCUCCCUACAUCAAUAUCAAUUCCACUUUGGAGUAGAUGACACAUCUCUGCAGAGUCUGGCUAAGGAUUUGCAAGUGCCUGUGGAAGAACUCAAAGCCAUCAUUAAGUCUCCCUAUUUGUUUGACACUGAAAAAGAAGAAACAACAGGGGAAAUGGCUUUGAAAUUCUUGGAGAUUUCAAGUUCAGUUGCUUUCCCUCCUCUUGCUGCAGGUCUUUACUUUAUGAAAGUCUUCUACCUGCAAUUUCAUUUCCUUGACAUAGUGACCAGUGAUGCUAAAGUUCUCCUUAAGAAGUCAUAGUCCAGGCAGGUGCCACGGCUCAAUAGGCAAAUCCUCCGCCUUGUGGUGCCGGCACACCGGGUUCUAGUCCCGGUCGGGGCUCCGGAUUCUGUCCCGGUUGCCCCUCUUCCAGGCCAGCUCUCUGCUGUGGCCAGGGAGUGCAGUGGAGGAUGGCCCAAGUGCUUGGGCCCUGCACCCCAUGGGAGACCAGGAUAAGCACCUGGCUCCUGCCAUAGGAUCAGCGCGGUGCGCGCUGCGGCCAUUGGAGGGUGAACCAAUGGCAAAGGAAGACCUUUCUCUCUGUCUCUCUCUCUCACUCUUCACUCUUUCUGUCAAAAAAAAAAAGUCAUAUUCCAGAAACCAGUUGACUUCCCAAUAGACAAAAAUCAUCUGCAUGUUGAAAUUCUAAUUUGUAGAAUAAUGUAGUACAAUGCUUGUUGGCAACCCAUCUACUGAGUGCUCUUGCCAUCCAGGCAGCAACUCAUACAUAAUGAUUGCAUGUCCCUUUUAGAUGUACCAUGGGAAUGGGAUAUUUUUGAAUAUGGUCAGAGAGCUAAAUAGCAUGCAUCCACUUCCAAUGAACCACCACAUCAGAUGAUUUUACCUCCUUUAAUGUAGCUGUGAACUUGACAACCAUUUUUCUUCCUGACAUAAGCUCUUUGAAACCCAGUUGUACCCCAUUCCCUUCAACAUAGUGAUAACAUCUUCUUUCUGCAUGGUUGUUUGUGAUGCAGCCUGACUUUCCUGCAUCUGACUGAUCCAAAUUCGCAGCUGCUGACCAUGAUAAAGCUUGUUGGUCAACAGCAGAGUCAACAUAGGUGAGCUUCCUCUUCUCACCGUCUUAAAGCAGCCAAACCCCAGCUCCCAUGGGAAAGCCUGAGGUAUAGCACCUGUGGUCCUUAGCAAAUGCUGGCCCCACAGGUCCACUUACUUACCCUUGGUUCCCACCCACUAGUAGAGCUCCAUGCUACUGCUGUACUUCCUGUCAAUGUCAUCUCUGGGUUUCUAACCUCUGAUUCCUGGGGAAACAGUUUCUUCUGUUUCACGCAUUUUAGUGUCACCUCCUUGUGUCCCAGCUGACAAAGGAGGAAACCUCUGUCUCCAUGCUCCCCCAGUCAGGGCUGUCCUUGGGACAACCCAUUUUGGUUUAUGCCACUCUUAAGAGCAAAACAGCAAGAAAUUGUAUCACCAUAAAAAUCACAACUUUGAUAAAAUCAUAAGAAAUCUAUUUCAUCAGACUCCUUCUCCGAAAAGUAACUAAAAAAAUUUAUAAGUCUGUGCUGAUAGGAGAGAGGAAAUCUCCGACUUAUUAUAGUUUCAUGGCUUUUUAUUGUCAGGAUGGUAAGAAAGCCCUAUAAUCCCCUUGUGAUACCAAUAGAUGCUGAAGAAAUGCCUGAUAGAAGAUACUUGCUGGGGCCGGCAUUGUGGCUUAGUAGGUUAAGCCUCUGCCUGCGGUGCUGUCAUCCCAUAUGGGCACUGGGUCUUGUCCUGGCUGCUCCUCUUCCAAUGCAGCUCUCUGCUAAUGGCCUGGGAAAGCAGUAGAAUUUGGCCCACGUGCUUGGACCCCUGCCCCCAAGAAGAAGUUUGGAAGAAGCUCCAGCCAUGUGGACAUUUGAGUAGUGAACCAAUGUAUGGAAGAUCGAUCUCUCUGCUUCUCCCUCUCUGUGUCUUUAACGCUGCCUCUAAAGUAAAUAAAUCCUUUUUUUAAAAAAAAAAUGCCUACUUCUUAUGAGUGGUGUGAAGGGUGAAUAUACAGAAUGCUCUUUGUAUAUUGUAUAGCUCAAUAACUUAGCCCUCAUAAUUAUUUAAAAAAAAAGUAUCUGCUAUUGAUAUGUGAUACUCUCAAUAAACAUGGAAUGC